AAACGAUGUACGCUGAUUGGUUAAUGUUGGCCGAAAGUGUGCUAGGCUGUCUUCCGUCAUGUCAGCUGAGUGUGUAAACUUAGAUGUUAGGGGGCUGCGACAUUACAUCCCACUGAGACCCAACCUGUCGAAUGACAAUUGCUUUUUACUGACGUUCGCGUACUUUAAUAAUUUAUUAAAUCUCCGUUGAGCCCCCAUGAAGGCAUUGGAGUUAGCUGACUGUUUCGUCUCCAAGGAGAUUAGCGUUACCUGCAUGUGACUAAGAUAGCAACUUGGUUGCACAGCUGCGCUCUUGUGAAAUGAUGCACAUUAGGGAAUGCAUCGUAUCUGCUCCGGGAAAGGCAAUUCUUCAUGGAGAACACGCAGUUGUGCACGGAAAGGUUGCACUUGCUGUGAGUUUGAAUCUGAGAACAUACUUGAAGUUGAAAGCCACGAACACUGGGAAAGUGUGCAUUAACCUCCCAAACAUUGACACCUUUCUCUGCUGGGAUGUGUCUGAAGUGAAGCAUCUUAUGCCGUGUUCACGUGGCAAGCAGAUGGACUUAAAGCAUCUAGAUCCUGAACUUGUGAAGAGACUACGUGAAUUUGUGGGUGGAGCAAAUGGAAACUUUGAUACAAGCAACAUGGCAACCUUGGCGUUCCUCUACAUGUACCUCUCCCUGUUUGGAUCAGGCGAGCUGCCAAGCUUGACAGUAUCCGUGUGGUCGGAGCUGCCGACCGGAGCAGGACUGGGUUCGAGUGCAGCCUACUCGGUGUGUUUAGCGGCAGCUUUACUUUGUGCAAGUGGAGCCAUUCCCGCACCUCUCAAAGAGUGGGAACACACUGCCAGAUGGUGUCAGGAGGACCUGGAGUUGAUCAACAGCUGGGCCUUCCAAGGUGAAAUGAUCAUCCAUGGUAAUCCUUCCGGAGUAGACAACGCUGUGGGGACGUGGGGAGGCAUGCUGAGGUUCUUAGCCGGGAGGAUAAUACCACUGAGCAGGGUGCCAUUAUUAAGAAUCCUCCUCACUAACACUAAAGUGCCACGGAGCACCAAGGUACUUGUUGCCAGGGUGAAGGACAAAAUUAACAAGUUUCCCACCAUUUUGACUACUGUGCUGGACUCGGUGGACGCCAUUUCCUGCACUUGUGAGAGAGUCCUCCUUGAGAUGACCUGUGAGCCCAUCACAGGAGAGCACUACAAUGUUUUAGAGGAGCUCAUUGAUAUCAACCAACAUCAUUUAAAUGUAAUGGGGGUGGGACAUCCUGCCCUGGAUACCCUCUGUCGGGUCACGCUUGCCAAGGGUCUCCACAGCAAGCUAACAGGCGCAGGAGGAGGGGGCUGUGGCAUCACUCUUCUGAGACCAGAAACGGACUCCAGUGUAGUCCAGACUACGAUACAGGAGUUGAAAGACUGCGACUUUGACUGCUGGGAAACAAGUAUUGGCGGGCCUGGUGUCCAAGUGCAUUCCCCCCUCUCUGUCAAGGAGGAUAUUUUAGGAAUCUUAAACCGUUAUUAAGACAUAGCCAAGGAUGUGCAAGUGGACAUUUUAGACAUGCAACAAGACUUGCGGUUUGCUCAGCCGCUCCAGUGAAGCAAGGGACAAUUUCAAACUGAGCAAAAAUGGACUCAUGGUGAAAUUCAUGAAUCUUAUCCAACUGGUAAUUUUAUGUAGUCCCUUUUGUCCGCCAGAUGGCGAUACAGUACCAUACAUUUUCCUUUAUGGAGCGUCCCUGACUAAUUAUUUACUUUAGUGCAGCGCUGCACUCUUUUGAUUGUACUGUACCAAAACAAUCAUGAAAGUGAAUGAGUUGCUUUGGACAUUUUUAGGCUCAGCUAAAACAAAACUUUUUGUACGCCUUGUAAUCUCCUCUUUGUCUUCCGAACAUCUCUCAGCCUCAAAAUCAUCAAACAUUAUACUGCAAAGGCUGCACAUACAGAAGAUGGAUCUGUUUGGAGUAUUACUGAUUUGGAAAAAGGUCACACUGGGAUUUACAAGUUUUUGAAUAUCCAUCUUUUUUUCCCCCCACCUUUAAAUGUCAUGAAGAUUAAGCGCCGCGGUGUAUUUGAAUAAAUGACAUUUGUCACCCUCCCUUUCUUUUUGCCUGGCGCCCCCUCUGA